AUGGCUGACAAAAUCUCAAUCACCAUCUGUGGCGACGGUGGCUGUGGUAAAUCUUCCAUUACUUUGCGUCUGGUAAGAUCGCAAUGGACUUCAGAGUACGAUCCCACGAUCGAGGACUCUUACUCGGUCACCCGCACCAUAGACGGACUCAACUAUUACCUCUCUCUUACCGAUACCGCCGGCCAGGAAGAAUACCGGAGUCUGUGGGCUGCCUCCAAUCUCCAAUCAGAUGCUUUCCUACUGGUCUACGACAUCACAAACUAUAACUCGCUUGAAGGACUCCAGUGGUUCCUCGACAUGAUCGACAUUGAGGCCGAAAACAGACUCGAGGAAAACAGCCGCUUGCUGAAAGAGAAGGGUGCCAAAGUUCGAGGCCGUAGAGAGCUUGGCUGGAAAUUCCCUCCCAUCAAAAUCAUCGCUGGAAAUAAGUGCGACUUGAAGGAUGCUCGAGUCGUCAGCAGCAAGGUCGGCUGGGAAUAUGCUAAGAGCAAAGGUUGUGGUUUUAUGGAAACCAGUGCUCGGGAAAUGGUCAACAUCGAAGAGACGUUUGCCCGUAAGUCCAGCUGCUCAUGA